CAAAGGGAAGAAGAGCUUUUUGAAAUAGUGGGAAACCGAAGACUGGGUUUGAAUGAUUUGCAGGUUUAAUGGACUGGACUUGUUCCACGAUGGCAUUUCGACGCUCCCUUUUUCUUCCUUUUCUCUCCAGCUCUCUCUCGCCCGUUUUCUUCUUGGCCAACUCUUGAUUCUUGUUGUAUGUCACUCAGUUAAUUCAAGCGGGUGGAGCAGGGAAUCGAGCUAGGAUGAUUCUUCUGGUUAUACAUGGGAGCUGAUGCUUGAACCUGGAUUCAUAUGGAAAAUUAACUCUAUAGCCUCAGCUCAACCUGGUCGGUUCAGGAUGAGGUUAUGACUCUGCAUUGUUCUAUGUUUGCUGUGUAAUUUUCAUGGACAGACGUUUCAGAAACGUCGUCUCUGAAACGUCAUUGAGGUUAAUUUAGGAUAUAUUCUAUUGAGGUACUAUUUCAGCUGUCCUGCCAUUAAAACUCUGUUGCCCUAGUAUGGACCUAGCUGAAACUGAAAGUGACCAGAUUGGGCAGUCUAUACAAUUCUACAACUGUUUCAAAGUUUCAAGCCUCAGUGAAACAAUUUUGGAAACUACACAAGUCGCGAAUUUGAAAGAUCGGUACGUCUUGGGAGAACGAUUGGGUUGGGGGCAAUUUGGUGUGAUUCGGUCAUGUUCUGAUAGGCUGACUGGGGAGAUGUUAGCUUGCAAGUCCAUUGCCAAGGAUAAAUUGAUGACGCUUGAUGAUGUGCGCAGUGUUAAGCUUGAGAUUGAAAUAAUGUCUCGAUUGUCUGGGCAUCCAAAUGUUGUAAAUCUAAAGGCAGUUUAUGAGGAGGAAGAUUGUGUGCACUUACUAAUGGAGUUGUGUGCUGGUGGGGAGCUUUUCCACCAGCUUGAGAAGCAUGGCAGGUUCACAGAAUCUGAUGCUCGGGUAAUUUUCAGGCAUCUAAUUCAAGUGGUCAAGUAUUGUCAUGAGAACGGUGUGGUUCAUAGAGAUCUAAAGCCAGAAAACGUUCUAUUAGCCACAACCUCCUCCUCAUCUCCCAUUAAGUUGGCAGAUUUUGGUCUUGCAACCUAUAUCAAACCUGGUCAAUAUUUGCAUGGUACUGUUGGGAGUCCAUUUUACAUAGCCCCUGAAGUCCUUGCAGGAGGCUAUAACCAAGCUGCUGACGUGUGGAGUGCUGGAGUUAUCCUUUACAUUCUUCUCAGUGGGAUGCCCCCUUUUUGGGGUAAGACAAAAUCAAGAAUUUUUGAAGCUGUUAGGGCUGCAGAUUUACGUUUUCCUUCUAAUAUUUGGGAUCACGUGUCUUCAUCUGCCAAGGACUUGAUUACAAGAAUGCUUUGCAUGGAUCCUUCAAAACGGCUGACUGCUAAGGAGGUUCUAGCUCACUCAUGGAUGAAGGAUGCUGCCCAAGCAUCUCAAGAGAAAGAAAAGUUAGAUGCUCGAGAUUGCUGGCGGGUGGAAGUGGGCAUAACUUCUUUGCCCGUGCCAUUUUUUGUUAGAAAUCAGGAUUUUAGCUUCAGCGAUGGAACUCCUGUUAUUUGUGAGGACCAAAUGGUACAGUCACCUGUAUUCACAUGCAAAUCAUCAUUCUCUUCUUUCCUUUUGGAUAAUGGCGGCCCCCCUAGUCCCGUUCCUGGAGGAUUUUCUUUCAGCAGUUGUGUUGAAUUAGAUGCAGCCACCGAGUUUUCAUCCCCAAUUCCAAAGCUUCCCAGCUUUACCUUCUUCAGUCCAUGUUCAGCAGUUGAUCAAGGAAACGGUUCGAUGAGAUUCAAAGUGAAUUUGUCACUCUCAGAGGCGCUACAUGAAGAACCAAUCAAGAGAAAGCUCUCUCUUCUGMUGGAACCUUCAAGUCCAGCCAAGCACAGGUUYGGAGAAAUGGAGUGGAAAGAAACUCGAAAAGGAGGACCAGGUGGGUCCAGAGGGACCAACAUUCCCAGCAAAAGGAAUCAUACGAUCGGACUUGGCGAGCUCGAUCAGCUUAACCUCAUUGUGACUGAAACAGUCAUACGAUGGGCAUCGUGCACGCACAUCCCAACAACCCCAUCUCUUAGGCUAUCAGUCGUCUGUUAACUUUCAGUUGGUUAACAUCGUUUACCAAAACACCAACAAGAGUUGUACAAAGGAAUGAGGAAAGCGGUCGGCGAUGCCGUUCUCAAUUCUUCAGCCUCAGGUGUGAAAUCAGUUGUUUUAUAGAGUCUGGGCAGCAUUUCUUGUUUUAUAACUUUGAAUGUGGUGGUGCUACUGCCUAUUGGGACUCUGAUGCUUGUUAUAUUUGGAAUGGAAGUAGUCACUAAGCUAAAAGUGAGGUUUUGCAUUGGCUUUGCCCUUAUGACAACUCCCCUACCAUAUUUAACGUAGUUACUGAAAUUCAAUUACAAGUUGAGAGUGUUGAAUUUUGGGGUUCUUUUUUUUUUAAUUUAAUUUUUUAAAGUAAGAGAGAGAGAGAAAAAAAGAAAAGAAAAGAAAAAAGAAAUGAGCUUUUUGUUUCAAUGGUUUUGUCUGGAACUAGCUUUGAUUGGCCCAAUGAAAUUGAUGAAUAUUUGAGUCA